CUGCCAAAACAUGCAGUUCAAGUUAUUCGUCAUGUAUGGAAUGAGCAGGGCAAAUCCAUCACUGUGUCAGAAGAUGCAAGAAGUAUGGCCACAGUGGGGCAGUUUCUAGAUAUUAAAUGGAAACUGGGAGUUGCAAUGAGCUCUGACACCUGCAGGUCUCUGAAGUAUCCUUAUGUUACAGUGACACUAAAAGUGGCUGACCCUUCAGGACAAAUAACGGACAAAACUUUUGAAAUGACGAUCCCACAGUUCAAGAACUUCUUCAGACAGUUCAAGGAAAUGGCGGCUGUUCUUGAAACAGUUUGAAGAGAACUCUUAUUUACACUGAAAUUUCAGACAGACUUAGAUCAAGUAAACUUCUUUCCAUUCUGCACGGGGAAUAAAGUGCCAUUGCUCAGCAAGAAGUGGAGUAUAAAGCUGCUAUAACUGGAAAACAUUUUCAUACUUUGGCCUAGUGAAUUAGCUGGUUUACAUCAUUGCAAGAGUUGUAAAAAAGAAUUAUAAAAAGAAUACAGUUGGGUUUUUUUUUUUUUAGUAAAGCUGGAGCCUUACAAAUACUUCCCAUUUUGUUCUAAUGCACUUAAGUUCUUCAUACAGCUGGAAAAUUUGUGCCUUCAUUGGAACUGGAUGGAAAAGAAGAUUUAAUUAAUCAUGUCUUAACUUCUAGAAACAACAAUUUAGUAGACACUGGAAGGUAAUGAGGAAACUUUCAGUUACAGCUUUUGCUUUGUUGUCCAUCACCAAGAAGAGAAAGUUGGCAGCCUUUGAAAAGUCUAACUUAAAUUUUGUCAAGUCAAAUAUUCUAGAAAUAUUAAAGAAUAUUUUUUAAAUGUCCCUGAACUCCAGGAUGUUGUAACUCUGGCUGGAAGAUGCCUGGACAUGUGUGCUAUACCAGUUUACUGUCUGAGAAUUUUCAGAGGUGUUUAUGGACAUCUAGGAGAUGUGAUUAAAAGUUGGCAAUGUACUCAAACUUCUGAGAUCUGUCCUGAUCACUAUCAGUAGGAAUUCUUGUACUGAGUAAUGGAAGAACUAAGUACUUUAUUUAAAAAAAAAAAAUUUAAAAACCUAACAGUUUGCAGGAUAGCAAUAUUAACAUGUUAAAACAAACUGUUGAAUUGUUUGUAUGUGCAGAAACCAGAUCUUUUCAAAGAGAAUCAGGAGUCCUUGCGUGUUCCUAAUUCUACUUGUCGAUUGAUAUGAAAUUGUAUAAUAUGAAUAUUUUUGUAAGUCCAUAAACAGUCAUUAAACAUACAGGUAACAAAGAUAAAGAUGGUCUGUGUUUUGUUUUAAGCCUACUGCAUGAAAGUCUGUAUCAUAAAUACUGUCAUGGGUAAAGUUUCAGGACUAGACUGUGACUAAACUUUCCUUAUUAAAUUAGGAUGAAGUUUAGACAUAUGUAGCCUUUCUCUGUGAUAGGGCAUCAAGUAGCUGAGGGGUAACUGCAGGCUGCAAGGAAUAUUUGUAUCAAUUACUUAGCUAGGCAGAAUGUUGUAUUGACCCAGGAAAAGACAGAGGACAUAGGAGUUUAAUGAAAUUUUGCAGGAAAUUGCAUUUAAGUGGUUUUCUCUCCUUAACACUUGUUAGGAGACAAGGAAACAAUUUUUCUUUUCAACAUUUGCCUGGAACGGAGCAAGAGGAAGGAAGGGGGAAGGGUCUAGCACAGUAAACAAACCCAAGGGAGGGAAUAAUGAAGGAAUCUCCUGGUAAUGACUGACUGUUGUCUUCAUCACAUGACUUGUUUGGUUUUUUUUUUUGCAUUGGUUUCAAACACA